UUGCGUUUGGUGCAGUUAUAAAUCAUUAAUGCAAGCGAUGAUUCUGUGUAAAAUGUACUGAAUCCAGUUUUUGGAAAAUACUAUACUGUGUGCACGGAUAAAACAAGGAAAAACGGCGCACUUACCAUACUGAGAUAAUUAGAAUAGGUUGCUCAGAAAAUACUUCAGGAGUUACAACCAGCUUUGAGGAUGUGGUCAGCAGAUGAGAUUGUCAGCUUGUGUUGUGAGCACUACUCUACUAAACUGCCCAGGAAAGGGAUGCCCGAGUCCGGCCGGGAGUGGACCCUGCUGGCAGCCGUAAUAAAGAUCAAAGCAGCACCAGAGGAAGACUCUGCCCCCAGUGGUGACAGACAAAAAGCGUCAAAAGAGGUUGUUGCAUUGGGAACAGGAACAAAAUGCAUUGGCCAGUCAAAAAUGAGCAAAAAUGGCGAUGUGCUCAAUGACAGCCAUGCUGAGGUAGUUGCCAGGCGAGGAUUCCUGAGGUAUCUGUGCUAUCAGCUGCUGCUGGCAGUGCGCGGGGAUGAGAGCAGUAUCUUUACCCUGGGAGCAGAGAAGGGGAAGUGGAGGCUGAAACCUGGACUCUCUUUUGUAUUCUUCACAAGCCACACUCCUUGUGGAGAUGCCUCCAUAAUCCCCAUGAUGGAUAGAGAGGACCAGCCCUGCCAGCCAAUCAGAGCUGAGGAACCCUGUCUCGCUGCCUCCCCCUCGACUCAGUGCCAUGGUAACGACAAGGAUCACAUGAGCAAAUCAGAGCCUGUAGCCCUGGACCUUAGACUGAAACGGAGACCAGAGGAAAACAAUGCCGGCUCUUCCAUCAAAAGGAUUAAAACCGAGAAUUCUCUUUCCAGAAGCUCAUUCAGAGCAAAAGAGAAAGGAAAUCGAAUUCCAGAGAGGCAGGGAGGCGGUUCAGGACAGGCUUCUCAAAAAGAGGAAGCAACCACUUUGGAGCAAGGGCCUGCGCUCAGCGGCAGUGCAUCAAAGAGCAGUCUGACUGCUCAAACUGAGGUGCUGGAUGUGCACAGGACCGGGGCUAAGUGUGUCCCAGGGGGUAGUCAGGACCCACACCAGGCCGGCGCUCAGUACCAUAGUGUGGGACAACUGCGGUUGAAGCCGGGCCGAGGGGACCGCACACUCUCCCUGUCGUGCAGUGAUAAGAUGGCCCGGUGGAAUGUGCUGGGCUGCCAAGGUGCACUGCUCAUGCACUACCUGCAGGGGCCGCUCUAUUUCUCAGCAGUGAUCACAGGGCGGUGUCCUUACAGUGAUGAAGCCAUGAGGAGGGCACUGAUCAGCAGGUGCUCUGCUGUGGAGCCUCUGCCUCCCGGGUUCACCGUCUUCUCUGUGGAGCUGCAGCAAUCGCAGGUGGAGUUCAUUCACAGUCGCAGACUGCUGGACGAGAACCACGACCCCAGCAAAGGGAAGGUCACGCCUUGUGGAGCAGCAAUCAGCUGGUGUGCUGUCCCUGACCACCCACUAGAUGUCACUGCAAACGGCUCUAAGCAGGGAGUGACAAAGAAAGCCCUGGGUACUCCACAGGCCAGGUCACGGAUUUGUAAGGCUGAACUUUUCCUCCGAUUCCGAGAGCUCGUAGCAUCCACCCCAGAGGAGCUGCUCCCAGACUCCCUCAGGGAGAAGGAUCUGAAGACGUACUGGGACUUCAAGAGAGCUGCAGUGGGUUACCAGCAGGCCUGGCAGGCACUGCGACAGCAUGUCUUUGAAGCCUGGAUAAGAAGCCCAAGGGAGCUUCUGCAGUUUGAAUGAAGAAGCACAAGUGACACCUAGUGACAAUGCAGACUGGCUUGUAUCUCUGAAGUAAUGCGCCAGCGCCAUGGGCCUUUCACCUCUGGGGGCCACAGCUCAGAUCACAAGUUGAAUGAGUCUGGUGGCCUCAGCUACCAUAUCACUAAGCACAGUGGUACAUUAUUGGCUGUUUAGAGGUUCAGGUCAGGACUGACAUACUCAAACAAAAAGGUGUAAUCAGUUAUAUUAAUUUAAGUAUUGCAUCACUGUAGCGGAUAUUGUACAAAAUUUGAAAAUGAUGCAGUUCAUCCUAACUCUGCUCAUAUGCUGUGCACUCUUAAAGAGUUUCAAUAGAAAGGGGACUGGUACCUCACUCUUGUAUAAAACAAUGAUUCCAGAUAAUAGGGAGCACCGGUAAUAUAAUGCUGCAGUAAUUAUAUCCUCUAUAUUGGAAUGAAAACUGCUUAAAAGAAGAUAUUGUGGAGCGGGAUGCUACUGAAGCUGGAUUGCUGACAGGAGAGAAUCAUCGUUGCACAGAACUCGCUUACCAUCAGACAAAGGGAACCCUGUUAGCACCAUCUCUCCUGCCCUGUUUGUGAUACUGGAAAUGUGACCUUCAGAAAUAAAGAAGUAAAAAGACUGUUACCAUAAGAAAAUACCACGUAACUUGUGCAUGCCUGCAUAGAAAAAAAAAUAAACUAGAGGUACUGUUGGAACUGGUAGAGAAUUGGGAACCAAGAACACAUUGGGAAAAAUUACAUUAAUCACAAGGAUUGAUCUUUUCUAUGCAUAAAUACUGUACACAGUACAAAUACUCUUCCUCUCUUCGGAUCUGUAGCCUUUUAGAACAGAAAACCAAAAAAUAAUCCCAGAUUGAAUACAGUUAAUUAGAAGCAGUGCUCCAUGCUGUGAGAUUAACUGCAUUGCUGUCAUAUUUUCCUCUAACAGAAACAUACAUAUUCCCACCAGGAAUAUAAUCAUUUAGGCGUCAGCAUUAUGCAAAACUAAGUCCCUAUGGCCUGCUUAUAAUUAAUCAAACCUGGAUAACCAGUCCCCAAGAUAUGACCUGUAAUAAUUUAAUCAUUCGGGUGUUAUGUCUGCACUUGCCCUCUUACAGUAAGUUUCUGCAUAAAAUGAUCUGUGGUUAGCAACAUGCUUACACAAUUUUCAUGUUGAUGUGUGAUUUAUUUAUUUUAAAUUUUAGAGUACCCUAUUAUUUCUCCCCAGUUUAGAAUGACCAAUUAUGUUCAACCACAGUAGUUCCCCACAGCAGCUCAGGAGAACUGAAGGUGUGCUCUAAUCCCAUGGCCAAGCCAAUUGUCUCUUUACAUUGAGGAACUCGAGAGCAAAUGUAUUCCAGAGCUGUUGGCCUGUCCACAGGAGCACCAGAUCCAGUGUGACUAUCCCUGUGGAGUCCCCAGCAAAGACUGGCAACUUCACACACCCAGGUCAGGAACCUGCACUUCAUGAACCAUAGGACACCCUGCACGCCACGGAGCUAUGCCUUGAAGCUUUCCAGUGCGAUGAAAUUAAGCACGCCUAUCUCAAGAUUAAUCACACGUUAUCGUGAUUUGGAAUUUGUCGCUAACAACCGACUCCUGUAGGUGAGUUGUACUGGUCAUUUGCAAGCAUUUGUCCUUAUAACUCUGUUUUGGAUUAAGGACCAUCCUAUUUUAAGUUAAUGACCAAUCAAGAGUUAAACAAA